AUGUUUUGUGACACAUUGCUGCAGUAUUUCCCUUUUAUCUCCGAACGUAAAGAACUUCGUUCAAGUUACAUUGCCAUCUGUGUCUUCAAUAAUCUCCUAACUUAUACCGCUGUCAUGUUGAACAUUGUUACGAUGCACGCCAUACGAAAAUCUUCGUCGUGGCCAAAGACGACAAAGACUUUGCUUUUGAGUCUGGCUGUUUCUGAUGUCGGUGUUGGUUUAUUUGUUCAGCCUUUCUACACAUCACUUCUGGUCAGCUGGCUGCAGAAAAACAGCCCAACUUGCUUCUCUUAUCGUAUGUUUAGUAACGUUGGUCUUGUAUUUUCCCAAGCUUCAUUCCUGGGUGUUGUGGCCGUUAGUUUAGACAGGUUCUUAGCUGUUCAUCUUCAUCUCAGAUACCAGGAACUUGUGACACACAAGCGCGUUGUUGCCGUGGUGACUUCAAUAUGGGUCUUGAGUGCAUUUGUUUCGUUUAUAAUAUUAAGUGGUCUGCGUGUUAUACAGAUCGCAAUGCAGUCCAUUGCAGUACUAACUGGUCUUGCUGUGACCACAGUGGUUUAUAUUAAGCUUUAUUUAGUCGUGAGGCGCCAUAAAACUCAGAUCCAUUCCUUGCAAGUAGAAGGAGUUCCGUCUGGUGAAAUGACACAAUUAGCUGGCCUUAUAAAAUCUUCAGUUAGUACAUUUCACGUGUAUGUAGCGUUUUUGGUUUGUUAUUUGCCUUACUGGAUCUGCUUGACUGCCGUGAGAUUCAACGGUCCGACCACAACAUUGAAAAGAUUUCAUCUUUUCUCAUUGAUUCUUAUUUUCGUGAAUUCAUCUCUGAACCCUGUAAUUUACUGCUGGAAGAUGAGACACAUCCGACGCGCUAUCAUGGAUAUACUACGGAAUAUGGCUUGGAAAAUUAGCCUACACCGAGUGUAG